AUGGCAGCUUCAAAGAUGGUAAUGGCGUCUCUGACGGCCAUUAGGCCUUUUAGUUGCGCCGCCGCAGCUUCAGCCUCGGCGUCUUAUCCGGGGCGUUUGGCGCCUCACACACCGGACCUUAUCAAAUGGGUCCGGCGGGAAGGUGGGUUCGUUCAUGAGGCUGUGAAGAUAGCUCAAGACACUUCCUUUGGUCUUGGGCUGGUGGCUACUGAUGAGAUUCCAAAAGGGUCUGAGCUUGUUGUUCUUCCUGAGCACGUACCCUUGAGAUUUGUCCCUCUUGAAUCCGAUAGUGGAGAUGGGGCUGACGCUGUUCUUGCUAAUUUGGCUCGCCAAGUUCCCGACGAGCUGUGGGCAAUGAAAUUGGGUUUGAAGCUUCUGCAAGAGAGAGCCAGAGUUGGAUCCUUCUGGUGGCCAUACAUUGGCAACCUCCCUGAAGCAUUUAGCGUACCUAUCUUCUUCCCUGGCGAGGACAUAAAGAAUUUGCAGUAUGCCCCUGUUCUUUACCAGGUAAACAAGAGAUGCAGAUUUCUUCUUGAAUUUGAACAAGAAGUGAGACGUGCUCUUGAUAAUAACAAACCAAGUGAUCACCCUUUUGGUGGCCAAGCUGUGGGUGCAUCAGCCCUUGGAUGGGCCAUGUCAGCAGUUUCCUCUCGGGCAUUCCGUUUAUAUGGUAAAAAGCUUGCAGAUGGCAACUAUGAUGAUGUCCCCAUGAUGCUUCCUCUUAUCGAUAUGUGCAACCAUAGUUUCAAGCCAAAUGCACGAAUACUUCAAGACCAAGAUGACAGGAACAAGAAGAUGCUAGUAAAGGUUGUGGCCGAAACAGAGAUUAAACAGAAUGAUUGCUUAGAACUCAACUAUGGAGGUUUGAGCAAUGAUCUUUUCCUACUGGAUUAUGGAUUUGUGGUACCUUCAAACCCUUAUGACUGUAUUGAGCUGAAAUAUGAUGGAGCAUUUUUGGAUGCUGCGAGUAUGGCUGCUGGAGAAUCAUCACCCAGCUUCUCUGCACCAGCUCCAUGGCAGAAAGAAAUAUUAUGCCAGCUAAAAUUAGAUGGGGAAGCCCCUCUUCUCAAGGUGUGCUUGGGGGGUUCAGAAGUGGUUGAGGGACGACUGUUGGCAGCCUUAAGAGUUGUUCUUGCCAGUGAUGUAGAAACAGUGCAGAAACAUGAUUUAAAUACUCUUAAAUCCAUAUCAGUUGAAGCUCCCCUUGGUAUUGCAAAUGAGGUGGCUGCUUUUCGGACCGUUAUUGCGCUAUGUGUGAUUGCACUUGGACACUUCCCAACCAAACUCAUGGAGGAUGAAUCCAUCUUGCAAAAGGGCGUUUCAGAUUCUACCGAGUUGGCUAUCCAGUUCAGAAUUCUGAAGAAAAGUGUCAUUAUAGAUGUGAUGAGAGAUCUCACAAGGAGGGUAAAGUUACUUUCAUCAAAAGAAACAGCCACUGCUCAAGGCUGAACUGUGACGGUAUAGAAAUCUAGAAUCAUUCUAAUUCUCACUUGUUUGUUCACAACUUCACUCGUGCUUGUUUUGCCUCAUAAUUACAAUUUAUUAUGUAAUCACUCGGUCUAGUAAUUUGAGUAUUAUGAUUCUGAAAGAUAGCCACGAUGUUCAGGUUUUUAUCAGCAUUAAAUCACAGGCCUUUUCUUCUCUUUACACUGAAUAAAUCAAACUUUGUAGAAUAUGCAGACAUUGUUGGUACUAUAUAUAAUUUGAAAUUUUCUGUU